GUUUGGAAGCAAAAAUCCAAUGACUAUAACAUAUUUCUUGAUGGGGAAACGAUUUUUUCAUUUUUAUAGAUAGUAAAGAAGUAAAUUGCAUGAUCUUGUGAACUUUUCCAAUGCUCAUGGGUGCACAUCAGAGUAGGCUACUGCUUGUAGAAUUCAGAUUCAUUGAAAUCCAAGUAGGAGCACGCUAGUCAUAGGCUCUUUGCCUUCUUUUAGCGGCUGAAUCCCAAUAGGAAAUAAUCACUGAGUCAAUAAAUCCAAGUGUUGUCCAAUUAGGAAGUUGAGUUGUCAACAGGAACAAAAACUGGAGCAUUAAUCGAUACAGCCCAUAAUUCUCUCUCAAACGAAGCCGACGUUAGUAAAUAAGUAAACAACAAAUAUAUAUACAUGGUAACAUCAGUUGUAUAGCCUAUAAAUGUGUAGGAAAAUUCAAACUUGCAAAAAUUAGCAGUAGGUAUUUUCAUUUAAUAGGCAGUAGAGGAGACGAGGAAAUUUCUUUGACAAGAAUUUAAAAUACCUACUCUGUUAGAAGAGACGCAGAGAUUGACCCAUGGGGUUCCACGGUGCCUCCAAUGAUUCUUGGGUUCUGAGUCCUAUCUCCUCCUCCAGGAACAAAACCCUCCAACAUCCCAGAGCUUCCACCGAUACCAUCUCAUCCCUCUCACCCCUAUCCAAUGGUCUGAUGUUUGCCACACCUUCUCCAGCGGCAAAGUCCAGGAAAAGUCAUGCCAGUUUUUGGAAGGCGGUGAAGCAGUAUUUGACAUGUUACAGUCCUGCAAGAUCAAAACCCAAAAGCAAACAAAAAUCAAGCAAAGGAGAUUCUGUCGCAGCUUCCAAAACUAGCUCUACUCAUUCAGUUAGGGCUUCACCAGAUCAUGCAUAUAGUGCUAUGAGCGCUGAAGAGCGUGAUGAGAACUUAAAGGCAGUGAUUACAUUUUGCAACAAAUCAGUGGAAUCGGGACGAAGGAGUGAUACCAUGGUUAAGGACUGCAACCGCAUCUGCUGUGCUUGAUGGGCUUCUCGGAGUUGAAAACUGACUUCUUCUCUUUAUUUCUUCCCUUCUCCUUUUUUAAAUUAAAAAAAAGAACUGAUUAUUUAGGAGGACCUUUUUUUUUUGAAUAAAUAUUGUUGUUUCUUUGUCUUUUCAAUGGAAUCCAUCUGAUCUUCGUAUUGAAUAUUGGAUACUGAAAAAAAAUUGUCAGAAUUUUGAAUGAGAAAAAGAAAAAGAAAACUAUUAACGUGUUAAUGGUAUGGUAUGAUAUCCUUUGAUUAAUGUCUCUAGGAUAGCUAGACUUGCACUGUGGCGGAUGAAAAAUAAGCCUGCAAUAUUGGUAGAACAGUAGGAGAUGAAAUUAAGAGAUACAAUAGCUGCACUGCAUUUGAUAUAGAUUUAACACUGUUCUAACAUCAUUAAUCCAUUUCCUGUUAAGUGUAAACCCUUUUCCGUUGAGUAUGGCAAAUAGUGGAUAAACCCCAUGGGAUUCAAAACCUUGUUAUUGGAUUACGAAGCGCAUGCCCACAAAGUGAACGCCAUGAUACCAUUGCAAAACACAGAUUGAGGAAUUGAAAGAGAAUGAGACUCAUCAAACGCAUAUUUAAUAUUUCCCUUUGAUGGGAAAAAGGUUAGCAGAACUAAAGAGCCUAAUCCCUCAUCAAUGGUUCAGCUAGAUUCCUUCCUAAGGAAUAACACUGGUUAACCUAUAACCAUAACCUUGCCUAUUAAUCAAUUCUAGAAUCAAAUGUGAAGUUAAACAAUAUAAAACAAUAAUUCAUUCAUUAUUGAAAGACGUAGUUUUAACUUUUAAGCAUUGAUGUCGUAAUAGCAGUAGCAGUAAUCUGGCAUGGGUGACGGAGAAA